AUGUCUACGUGUCUAUUUGAUUCAUUUCCAGUCGAAUUAGUUCAUAACAUUUUUCAUUAUCUAUGGGCACAUGAAAUAUUCCAUGCAUUUACUCGAUUAAGUUCAUAUAUAGAUAACGUGCUUGUUGGUUAUGAUCGAUAUUCGAUCAGUUUAUCAUCUAUGGUUAAACAUCAAUUUGAUCUUAUGUGUCUUCAUAUUCGACCAGAACAAGUUAUCUCUAUAACAAUUACUGAAAAUAAUGAUACACCAAAUCAAUCAGAAAUAUUUUUUUCAAAAUUUGAUAUUCUACAAUUUAUUAAUCUUCGGUCAUUUUCAAUUAUUUCAUCGAAUCAGAACGGUCGAUUGAUGAUGGAGAAAAUGCAUCAAUUUUUAUUGAAAAUGCCUUGUCUAAUGCAUUUCGAACUUCGUAUAGACGAUCCAAUACAUUUUGUUGUCGGUGAUCAAUGGAAAGUUUGGUCUCAAAGUUCAGAGGUUGAUAUCGAAGAUGCUACGGAUAUAAUCGAUGGAAAUCAAUGGAAAUACUUAGUAUCACAUCUUCAAAUAUUUGAUUUUCGUUUUUGUCUUGCUGAUAGAUUGAACAAGCAAAUUCUCGAUUCAUUUCGAACCUCAUUUUGGCUCACACAAAAAAAGUGGUUUGUUGCUUACGAUGAUCUUCAAUCAUCAUCUUGCCUUUUUACGGUACCUCGUUUUGCACCAAAGAAUAUUAUUUAUUUACUGAAUUAUGAUACACCAUCAUGUACAUCAUCGGAGCUAUGUCUUGAUCAAUAUGUUGAUAUUCUCAAUUUACCAACUGUUCGUCCAUUGAUGCAUCAUUUCAUUAAUGUAACAUCGCUAAUACUUCAAACAGACAAAGAUCUUUGUUUGGAUAGAAUUUUACCAUACUUAGCACUGCCUCAACUAAAAUCCCUUUCAUUGGUCAAUACAUCGUUACUUACUCAACUAUCGACAGAAACAAGAUUUGAAUCGAUACGUUCAUUGAUGAUAGAUACAUUGGAGAUAAAAUCUCAUGCUGAACAAAUAUGUAUCCUAUUUCCACGAAUCGAACGUUUAAAAAUUGGAAUUAAUGAUCAAGAAACAAUGUUGUUGUUGAUUGAUAGAUUGAAACAUUUGUCAUUGGUCACAUUUAUCUAUCAUCAACCAUCGAUGUUCACGAAUAUAUCAUAUGAAUGGUUUGUUGAAAAUUCUUCACGAUUUAAAGAAAACAAAAAUUUUACAUGUAAUAUCAAUAAAGUUGAAAUACACUUGUGGAUAAGUGUCGAAUAAUGAUAUGCUGCUUUCGUUGCAAAUCGAACAAAAUAUCAAUAAUAAUAUUAUAUUUACUUCGAGUUGAGUACAUAUUUAAUCUCGAACAUAAUUAUGAUAUUUGUGUGUUCUUUUGUGAAGAGAUUGUGCUAUCUAAUUUGAUACAUAUAUUUCAAAUAUUCGAAAAUUUAAAGAAAAUAAAAGUCUUAUUAUCUGUUUUUCGGGGUGUGGUGUGGGGGUUUGGGUGUCGGGGUGUGAGUGUGGGUGCGAGUAUCGGUUGGCGUGAUUGUGGGUGUUGGUCUUCCGUUCAUUCACCCACACCGACAACCACAUCCAUACCCACAUCCACAUAUCCACAUUCAUCCACAUUCGUACCCAUCAUACAAUAAUAUUCUAACUUGCAA